GGGCGUUUAAAUCCCCCCGACGGGCGCUGGCUCGUACAGCCGCCAUAUUGGGCAGCGCAGGAUUACCCGGUGACCCGCUGAGCUGAAUUCUGUGCCCCAUGUCGGGCGUGCGCCUGUCCCCGGGCUCUCCGGGUGUGGAGCGGGUUUCUCGGGCCCCCGGCUCGCCCCGUACUCCCGCCCGCCGAUGUCUGUUCGGGCCGGUGGAUCACGAGAGCUUGGCCCGGGAGCUGGCCCGGUGCCGCCGGGAGCUGGAGGAUGAGCAGCGGGAGCGCUGGAACUUUGACUUCCGCAACGAACGCCCGCUGGACGGCGCCCUGAGCUGGGAGGUGGCCGGGCCCGAUACACCCGAGUUCUACCGGAGAGGGCCACACCUUAAACCAGGCGCAGCGCAGCUUCACCCCCGAGCGGGCGCAGAGGCGGAGACGGAGGCCCGAGGGAAUAAACGGAGCGGAGAGCUGACGGAACCUCCCUCAUCCAAAAAAUCCCACAGGACGGAGACUGGAGAACCCGUGGAGGGCAGCUCGGCUUCUUCACCUGAGAAGACUCCCAAGAAGAGCCGACCCAGCACGUAGAGCUAUGGGUACCAGGCUCACCUUCCUCCAGUGUCGGCUGACUCCUGCCCACUCAGCCCAUGGACUCUGUCACUGGUGGGAGAAUCCUGAAAGCACUGAUACAGAGUAACACUAAAUACCCCGGGCAUGACAUGUAGCAUUGUGCAACGAGGCACCUUGGUAUUCUCUUACUACCCGUGUGGCCACCGCCGCCCCCUUGUGUAGCACAUAAAACGUUUUAGAGAGGGGUGGUGCGCAAGACGGGUUCACACUGAUCUGAGUGAAGAGAAACAUUGGAGCAUGCACACAAGGUCACCCAAUUGAUCUGUGAAUUCUUCCGCAAAGCCAGGUCUGCAACACAUUGGGGGGAGGUUCAUGAAGACUGCUGGUGAGGAUGGGGAAAUGACAGGGGCACCGUCACCUUCUUAGGAACUAUCCUAGUUUCAGUGGUAGCUUAUAAGUGUGAUACCACAGUUGGGGGUCAAUAUGGAUUAAAAGGUGGCCAGUGUUGGGCAGGAUGGUAAAGUGGCUUCUGAUAACGUUGGGCCAUCCAUGAUGGUGAGGCCAUUGUCCAGCCCCUUAGUGGACCCAUCCCCCUGGUGUUAGUUUGGAUCCCAUCCUGUUCCUCUGGAACUACAUGGGCCACUUCUGUCGACAGGGGUGCGCUAUGGAAAUAUCCGCUCUAUGUUUUGGAGCUUGUCAUGUUUUCUGCAGAUAGUUACACGUGGUAGAAAUUGCCCAUGAAGGUUAGGCCAUAGAUGCUUGUUCGGGGACCACAGGCUGUAUGCGAUUUUACCCCCCUUUCAAAUAGAACAAAGUAAAAAAAAAAAUUUGGCCGGGUUCACAUCACACUUUAAAAGUAAUCUGUCAGCAGGUUAGGCCAAACGAAACUGCUGACAGCAGUAGGCAGGUGCUGGGGAGAGCCGUACAAACAUACAUUUGGCGCAGCUUUUCAGGAGUGUGAAUUUGAACUUUUAGGGGGUGGAUUUCUAUGCAGAAAAUUUGUAUGAAAGGAGCAUGAAAAACGCACUAAUAACAGCACACAAAUCCGCACUAUUUAUCUUGGUUUUUGUGCAUUUUACUCGUUGAUGUCUGUGGGAAAACCACAUUACAUCAGCCGCCAACCGCUGCAAAUUUUAAAAGCCGCGCGUACAAAAUACUGUACGGAGUGUACGUGAGAUUUGUAAAAUUUUAUUUUCUGCUGGUCCUGUAUUAUUCUGCAGGUUUUCUGCAUACAAAUCUCCAUGAAAAAAAAAACAAAGGUGUGUUUAUAUGUACCUUGUGCAGCUAGCCUUAUUCUGCUGUUGAAAGUGCACUGGAGGCGGAGCUUCACUGUGAAGUGCACUCUUCUCUGAACUGAGCUGCUUCACAGCCCCUCUCCUCUGUUCUAAGUGACAGCACUAGUGAUCCCCUGAUUGGAUGCUACAGAUGUCACUCAGCAGAGGGGAGGUACUGUGAAGAAGCUCAAUGAAGAGUGUACCUCCUGGGCAUUUGGAGGCACAGAAUCUGGCAGAAUAAAACUUCAUAUUCACACUACUCCUGCUUUCUCCAGACCAUACCUAGUGCUGUCAGCAGUUUAGCUUGGUCAAAAGUAAAGUUUUAUAUAUAUAUUAUUUUUAUUUUUUUAUUAGAUUUAGAACAGGUCGCAGGGAGGGAGGAAAUUUUUUAUUUUUUUUUUAUUAUUAGAUAUUUUUUAUUUAUAUAGUUAUAAAGAAAGAAAAGCUAAAUACAGGCUCCUCCACUUUUUUCUUUUUAACCAAUGUGCUCAGACCUUUCGUUUCCGGAAGACAGCUCCACAGUAUUUUUUUAAAUUCUUUUUUAUAUUACAAUUUUUUUUUAUGUUCUGUAAAUAAAAAUAUAUCUAUUUUUUAAUUUGUAGUAAGAUUUGAAAUAAAAAAAAAAAAAUCUGAUUUUUGUGAACACUGGCCACAUGCUGUGUGAAGAAAAACAAAUAAUUGUUUGGUUGUAAGCUUUAUCUUUUUCAUUCAAUAUUCAUCAUAUUUCCGUUAUUUUUGGGGUAAAAAAAGAAAAAAAAAAAAAGAAAUGUAUGACCAUACAAUACAGUGUGCUAUUUCUGUUCCCUCGCGGUCAGUAGGUCGGGGGUUAAUCAUGUUUUUUUAUUUUUUAUUCUUCAAUCACCAUAUCCGUAUAUCAUUUUUAGGUCAAAUUUUAAGAUGCAUCUCCCAUCAUCCUCAGUCAAUGCCAUGUAAUGUACCAGUAAUGCACUUCCUGGGCACCAGAACCAGCUGUGCCUGGCAAUAAUAACCCUCUCUUCUCGCCGCCGUAUGAGCGUGGUGUCUGUAUGUAGCAAACUCUCUGGUGACCAAUGUUGAGAUGUGUAUGUGAAUUGCUGUGUAAAGACACUGAAACCUUCUACUAACUUAUUUAUGUUUUUAAAAGAAAAAUUUUUUUGUUUAAUCUAGAUUUUUUUUUUUUCCAAAAAAAAAGCCAAAGUGGCAGGUUUUGUGCAUCUGUAAAUGAUGUUUAUGUAUAUGUGUGUGUGUGUGUGUAUAUAUAUAUA